AUGGAUGGGGAACCUGCCACGCAACAAGCUCGCCGCCGGUCCUCCUCUCUCGCCAGCGUCAACGUCCCCGCGAGGAAAGAGUCCAAGAAGCAUAGGAGACAUCGCUCAGAUCACAUCCCCGAGGAGGGCGAGGACGACAGCGAUUCCGGCGAGCGCUCCCGCACCGAUUCCUCCUCCGAGACAGACAGCACAGAUUUCGAACUCGACGACAUGAGCUCACGAGACGGGCUCGAGGAUGACGAGGAGACUGGUCUUACGGGGAGAGAUAGGAGGCGUCGCCGAAGGAGAAAGAGGCGGAACACGCGACUCGAUCAGCGCAUCGUAGAGGAAGUCAAGUUUGGGAAGGACGAAGAGAAACUGGCGAACGAGAACCUCAUCCGUUCCAUGCUCAUAAAUGCUCUCUUAAUUGGUCUUUGGUACCUGUUUUCCAUUUCCAUCUCCGUUUACAACAAAUGGAUGUUCAAGACGGACAAAGGCGACGGCCAGACACAGCACAUCUUUCCCUUCCCGCUUUUCACGACAUGCCUGCACAUGAUUGUUCAAUUCACACUAUCGUCUCUCGUUCUGUUUAUGAUACCCUCGUUCCGGCCACGACACGACUCUCUUACCCCCGCCGAUUCGCGCUCUCGUGAACCCGUAGAUACCAAAAAGCCAUUGAUGACGAAAUGGUUCUAUUUUUCACGCAUUGGGCCCUGUGGUGCAGCGACCGGAAUGGAUAUUGGGCUGGGCAAUAUGAGUUUGAAGUUUAUUUCAUUGACAUUUUUCACUAUGUGCAAGUCUUCAGCAUUGGGUUUCGUACUGAUAUUCGCUUUCCUAUUCCGCCUUGAGCAACCGUCCUGGCGACUGGUUCUCAUCAUCUGUGUCAUGACAGUGGGUGUUGUCAUGAUGGUGGCCGGCGAAACCGCUUUCCAUGUUCUUGGAUUCAUCCUCGUCAUGGCCUCCGCGUGCUCUUCGGGAUUCCGCUGGUCUCUGACCCAGAUCCUCCUUCUCCGCAACCCUGCCACCUCGAAUCCAUUUUCCUCGAUAUUCUUCCUCGCACCCGUCAUGUUCGUCAGUCUUUUUAUCCUUGCCGUUCCGGUCGAGGGCUUCGGCGCUCUGUCUGAAGGUCUCUCCAACCUCUUCGCCGAGAAGGGUGUUGCGCUCGGCAUUGGCAUCCUCCUGUUUCCCGGAACUCUUGCUUUCUUCAUGACGUCUUCGGAAUUUGCUCUGCUGAAGCGAACGUCCGUCGUGACGCUAAGUAUUUGCGGUAUCUUCAAGGAGGUCGUAACGAUCACAACCGCCAACCUAGUCUUCAAGGAUCCCCUCACACCCAUCAAUAUCACCGGUCUAUUUGUAACCAUCCUUAGCAUUGCUGCCUACAAUUGGAUCAAAUUCAAGAAGAUGAGGGACGAGGCGAGGAUGAAAGCACAUAUCAGCGUCCAGGAAGAUUACCAACCGGUGCGUACCAGAGACCCGGAUUCAGGCACAGUGGCUACAAGUUCGAGCGCACGGAAUCCGCUUAGGGCUGCACCCAGUCUGCCACCGAGCGCACAAGCCGAACGGCCAGCGACAGAUGCCCCUUCGCGAGCAUCACCAGUCAAGAGACCCGAGGAUUUGGAGUAA